GCUCAACACCUUUUUUUCCACUUUGCCCAUUCCCAUCUCCAUCAUGGAAGAAACCACCGAAAAGAAGCCUGAACAAAAGUGGUUACCUUUAGAAGCUAAUCCAGACGUUUGGAACGAUAUUGUGCACAAACUCGGCGUGAGUCCCAAAUGGAACUACACGGAUGUUUAUGAAAAAUACGAAAAGUUCAAGGAACAGGAAGAGGCCAAAUUGACCAAGCUUGAACAGAACAUCAGUCCCAAUGUCGUCUUCUUCAAACAAACCAUUUCCAAUGCUUGCGGCAUGAUUGCCUUGUUGCAUUCUCUCGCGAAUAACGAUGACGAUAUCAUUGGCCCUGGCUUAUUGCACGAAUUGAUCGAAAAGUCCAGAAGUAUGUCUCCCGAUGAACGUGCCGAAUUGCUUGAAAACUCCAAAGAGCUGGCAAAGGUUCAUCAAUUGGCGGCAAAUGAUGGUCAGACCCAGGCACCUAGUUUGGAUGAGGAUAUCAACCUUCACUUCAUCUGCUUUGUUGACGUGGAUCAGCAUCUGUAUGAAUUGGAUGGACGCAAACUAUUCCCUAUUAACCACGGAAAAUGCACCGAUCUUGUGGAGGGCGCUGUCAAGUUUAUGAAACAGUAUAUGGAGCGUGAUCCAGAUCAAAGCAAUUACAGUGCCAUUGCACUGUGCAAGACGGAUUAAUGUCACGACAACUCCUACACCGACUCUUGUGAUGUAAAAAAAAAAGUUCAUCUCCUUUACUGCUAUUACUUUUUUUUUCCCCAUCUCGUGUGCAGUCAACAAUAAGAUUGGAAGAAAAGAAACUAACCCAAAAAAAAAAAAAAACCAUCC